UAUUUGCUUGUCAUCUGGGCUUUCUUACAUUCACACAUAGUGUUGCUACUCGUAUGACAAUUCGAUUGGAUUAUUAUUUCGUAUUUUUUUAAUUAUCACAAAAAUCAACAGUGUUGAACUCGGUUCAUACUUUUCGUUCAGUUUUAGUGUUCAAUUCUUACGUAAACAUCGGCAAUUGUUCAUUUGAUUUUUUUAUCGAAUCUGGUCUGAGAACGAAUGAAAAAUUAAAUAAAUUCAACACAUGAACCGAUUGUGAUUUAAAGAGAACAUUGUUUUCCGAUUGCAAUGGAUUUUAUUUCUCCCAAAUGUUGAGUGAAUAAAGGCAAAUAUUUGUGUUUAAGUAAGAGGUUUAGUGUCAAGGCCAUUGUAUAUUUUGUUAUAAGGAAAAUUAUUUCAAUUUCUAGUUCUAUUACGAUUUUUUUUCGAAUUUACCGACCAUAUUUAUGUGUAUAUGAAAUCACAGACAGUGAUCGACAACUUGAGAUACAUAUUUCAUUUUCAACAUAUUCCUCGAUUUCAUCUUUCUACGAUUCGUACGAAUUAGAUGAGUUUUACGUGCUAAUGAGUCAGUCGAAUAUUCAUCAUCUGUAAUCGAAACGACAAAGGUCAAUUUGAAAAUUUUUCAUCCAAGUACCAUCAACUUAUACUCUUGCGAAUAUAUAAAGGAAAAAAAUCAUAGUGAAUUUCUUGUGCUAAAUCUGGAAAACACUGAACAUAUAAUUGAAAAUGUUGCGUGCAACGAUGAAAAUUCCUUCGAGCUUAGCGCUAGAAUGUACCUUAAAAAAAGUACCAACGUCCAUAACGGAUGGUACUAUGCGAAAAACUUUAUCGGUGUCGGCAACAAACACAAAACGAUUUGUCAUCAACGAUCAUUACGAAUUUGACCAGAAGGUGGUGAACAGUGAUAAUCCAGUUAUUGUCAAUUUUCAUGCCGAAUGGUGCGAUCCAUGCAAAAUUCUAACACCCAAAAUGGCGGAACUUUUGGAACCAUUGGAUGAUAUUGACCUAGCUGUGGUGGAUGUUGAUUCGAAUAUCGAUCUUGUCAACACAUUCGAGGUGAAGGCUGUGCCUGCAAUAUUGGCUUUUCGCAACGGUGUCGUUGUUGAUAAAUUCAUCGGUUUAGUGGACAGCACUAUGAUUGAAAAUUUAAUUAAAAAACUGAAGAAAAAAAAGGAAUCUUAAAAUUGAGCUUGGUGAUUUAGCAUAAAUGGAGAAACACACUAGUUUAUUUAUUUUUCCUGAAAAAAAAAAAAAUAUUUAUUCUAAAAUUUAGUUUCUCCACUUAAAAAAAUACAAACAGUGUACAAAACGCAUUGUAAAAGAAGAUUCAAAAAAAAUCUUAUUAUUUUUUACAUUUAAUUGAGACUUAUUGAAAGUUGAUUUAUAAUUAUUAUAUCAUGCAUUGUGCAUUCUAUUGCAUAUUUUAUCACCAUUAAAAAAAUUGUUUUGCUCACGAACAAAGACUAUGGUGGUUAUUUUAGAAUGUGUUGAAAUUAUCUAUGCUAAACCAGGAAGAAUCGUUCUUGUUUUGUUUUCGUUUUUUUUUUCAAGUAUCCUUUCUUAUUCAAAUAAGUGCAAUCAACUUGUUCUAAUAAGUUUAGCUAAAGGAAGCUAGAUUUGCCAGAAAGCCAAUUAAUGCGAAAUAUUUGUGUAAAAACUGUUGAUUCAGUUAAACUUAAUCAAUCUUUACUUUUAACUAUGAAGACAUAACCAUACAAUGUUGCUAGCUAGCUAUCUAUAUCAGCUAUUGCUAUAGGGAUAUAUGAUUGUCCGAGAAUGAAUGUGAGUCUUCUCGUGAGAGUUUAUUGAAAUGUAACACCGCCAUACAGAAAUUGC